GAAAUUUCACAUUGUCAUCAACUAUUCUAGCUCCUUUAUCAACUCAUUCUGGGAGCGGAAGAAAUCAAGAUGUCGGAAGUUCUCAAGGAUUAUCAGAUCAUUUCUGCCGAAAAAAAUAUGCAGCGCCAUAGCAAAAUCCCUAAAGAGUGGCUUCUUCCUAAGAGCCACCAUGGAGCCACCAACUUCAUGGACGUACCGUCGACCUGCGGGGUCUUGAGCGAUGUGGAGCAUAACAUCACCUCCAAUUUUGACGCCACGGCGCUGUUGGAGAAGCUCAAAGGCGGCGAAUGGUCUGCGGAGCAGGUUACGGUCGCCUUUUGCAAAAGGGCUGCCAUUGCUCAUCAGCUGACCAACUGCCUAACGGAGAUAUUUUUCGACAAAGCAAUCGAGCGAGCCCGUGAGCUUGACCAUGAGCGACAAAUCAGUCCUAGUAAAGCGCUCCGGCCUCUCAAUGGUAUUCCUGUCUCGCUCAAGGAUAGCUUCCAAGUAUCGGGAUACGACACAUCAACCGGAUUGGCAUGCUUCGUCAACGAGCCCGCAAAAGAAGACAGUGGAACUGCAGCAAUGCUACUUGAUCUGGGCGCUGUACUAUACUGCAAAACCAAUCUCCCUCAGUCGAUCAUGACCGGUGACAGCGACAACGUUUUCGGCAGGACAUUGAAUCCUCGCAAUACUGCAUUGACGGCUGGUGGGAGCACAGGUGGCGAAGGCGCUCUUCUCGCCCUCCGAGGGAGUGUUCUCGGCGUUGGCACAGACAUUGGCGGAAGUAUUCGCGUCCCUUCAGUCUGUAACGGAAUCUACGGAUUCAGACCAAGUGUGGGCAUAGUACCGCAUGGUGGCGUAAGAGAUCUGACUACUCCCGGGACGGAUGGGGUGCGCUCGACUGUUGGGCCCAUGGCAACUUCGCUCCGAGACAUAGUUCUGUUCCUGAAAACUACAAUGCAGGCGGAGACUUGGCGAUACGACAGCGCUGUCAUAUCGGUGCCAUGGACGAAUCUACCACCUAAAGAUAAAGUCCGAAUCGGCCUGUUACUCGAUGACGGAAUGUACACCCCUUCACCACCGGUCCGGCGUGGCUUGAAAAAAACUGCAGAUCUUCUCCAGAAGAGCGACAAUAUUGAUAUCUUCCCCAUUACUUUACCAAACGUCAAAGAGCACUAUGGCGACCUGAUCAAGUACUUCACCCUGUUAGGAGCCGAAAAUUACUCUGAACUCUUCGCUCGUACAGGCGAGCCGGAGGUCCCCUCCCUCAAAGCUCUUGGCCUUCUCUCCAUGACAGGCACCAACCUGCGCGGUUUCUUUGAUCUCAACGUGCGCCGUCAAGCCGCAGCGCGACAGUACCUACAGCUCUUCCGCAGCACCGGUAUCGAUGCGAUACUUAUGCCGCCGGCACCGCACACAGCCCUCCCUCUCGACAAAUGGACCACAGCCUCCUACACCGGCCUGUGGAACUAUCUCGAUUACCCGGCAGUCGUCAUCCCUGUUGACACAGUGCGCGAGUCCGACCUCGCUGAUGAUGUUAGCAAUGCUGUAUACGGCGCCGAAGAUGCUCGCAUGUACAGUCUUUAUACUGGACCUGAGCUCUACAACGAUGCUCCGAUCGGCGUUCAGUUAGUUGGGUAUCGCUAUGCAGACGAAGCGUUGAUGCAUACAGCUUCCAUGGUCGAUUAAAUCAUCAUGGCGCAGAAUGAAUACAGGGAGCGAAGAUGCUCAGAUGAAAAUUUAUUUCCUGGAUAAAGGGGCUUUCCGCUACAAGGGGUAGGGGCAUACUACAUAGAUUAGACCUUACUUAUGCUUCACGCCGACUAAGACGC